AUGCGUCGUCCCAGAACUCGCUCGCUUCCCUCCAUUGAGGAGACCCUCAACCAUCCAGCCUACCCAACUACUCUAUGGGCGCUGGAGCCUCACUCUCAAGGUAAACUAUCUGUUGCCGAAGGUCGCGGUGGUCCAGUUGGCAUUGCAUGGGAAAUUCACGGCGAAGGACCCGUCAAGCUUGUGCUUGUUAUGGGCCUAGCAAGCGUCAAGACUUCGUGGCAGCGUCAAACAAAGUAUUUCGGCCAUGAUCGUGGCGACAAGUACUCGGUUCUAAUCAUUGAUAACCGGGGAAUGGGCGCUAGCGACAAGCCGUUUGGUGUCUACUCUACCAGCGGCAUGGCCCUCGAUAUCAUUGAGGUUAUCGAUCAUGUUGGUUGGACAGCUGAACGUGACAUCAACCUCGUAGGUAUCUCCAUGGGUGGCAUGAUCUGCCAAGAGAUCGCUAUUCGCAUCCCUGAACGUCUGCAAUCUCUUACCCUCAUCUGUACCUCAGCCCGUGUCCAGAAUACAUCGGGCUUCUUGGCUACAGUGACAGAGCGCAUGGGCUGGCUUGUUCCUAAGACCAUGGAGCGCACUAUCGUCGACACAUCGCUCAAGCUCUUCACACCAGAGUGGCUCGUCGCACCAGAUGAUGACGAGCUACCCGAGCCCGGCGUCACCCCAAGAUGUGGUCCACCACCAACAGAGGCUGGUCCAACAUACCGUCUAUUCGAAUCCAACUUCCAGCGUUUCCAAGCUCAGGAACUUACCAAGAAACGUAACCCUGAAGUAUUCAGCUCCACUAUGCUCAUGUGUCAACUCGCAGCAGCGGCCUUACAUAACAAGUCAGACGACCAACUGCGUCAGAUAGCAGAUGCUGUUGGUUCUGAGCGUCUUCUCAUUAUGCAUGGGAAGCGCGACAAUAUGAUCACGUUCCCCAACGGCGAGAGACUUAUCAAGGUUAUGAAGCCAGCUACUGUACACAUCGUGGAGGAUAUGGGACAUGCUCCUAUCCUAGAGCGGUCACAAUGGUUCAACAGUGUCUUGGAGGAACAGCUGAGUAUGUGGGAAAAGCCGAAGGAAGAAUGA